AUAUUUUGAGCAACAACUCUUACGGGCACACUGUCUUACUGCAAUUGUAAAUAUUAAAAUGAAUCCGCUAACUAAUAUGCGAAAUGUGCUUAAAUUAAGCGAGCACGAGCUUAAAAACCCAAGUAGCAAGAGCUGGCAUGACAUGUACCGAGACUCCGCUUGGAUUUUUAUUGCGGGGUUUCCUUACACCCUCUCCGAGGGCGACAUCAUCUGCGUGUUCUCUCAGUAUGGCGAAAUUGUGAAUAUUAAUUUGAUUCGCGACAGCAAGACGGGAAAAUCAAAAGGUUUCUGUUUCCUGUGCUAUGAGGACCAGCGCUCCACAGUACUUGCCGUGGAUAAUUUGAACGGUAUUAAAAUUAUCGAUCGCACACUGCGAGUGGAUCACGUUGCGGACUAUAAACCGCCAAAGGAUAAUGAGAAACUGGAUGAAGAAACGCUGCGGCUGUACAUGGAAGGCUGUGCGCCGCAGCCUGUGAUUAAACCUAAUGCUACAACCACAGAGCGCGACCUAAAGAUAUCUGCUCAUAUAAAGCAGGAGAAGCUGAAGCGCAACAAGAACUCCAAGGAGAAAAAACAUAAAAAGCGAAGGAAAAGCUCCGACUAGAUUUUAAUUUUAAGCAGAU